AUGGGUUCCACUACGGUCAACGGCACUGGCGGCCAUGCCUUGGACCUAACCGUUCUUGGUCUGAACAGCGGAACGUCAAUGGAUGGGAUCGACUGUGCUCUUUGCCACUUCCGACAGGAGACUCCCGAGUCACCGAUGCACUUUGAGUUGCUGAAGUAUGGAGAGAUUCCUCUGGAGCCGGUCAUCAAGAAGCGGAUCAUGAAUAUGAUUCUGCGCAACCACACUUCCCCGUCCGAAUUAUCGGAAGUAAAUGUCAUCCUCGGUGAGACGUUUGCGUCUGCAGUGCACGAAUUUUGCAAGGAGUACCACGUUGACAUCGGUUCAAUUGAUGUUCUGGGCUCCCACGGCCAAACGAUCUGGCUGCUCUCUAUGCCUGAGCCUGGAGAGACCCGCAGCGCAUUGACGAUGGCGGAAGGAUCAUUCCUGGCCUCGCGCACCGGCAUUACCUCAGUGACCGACUUCCGAGUGAGCGAUCAAGCUGCCGGCCGUCAGGGCGCGCCACUGAUUGCCUUUUUCGACGCCCUUGUAUUACACCACCCGACAAAGUUACGUGCCUGCCAGAAUAUCGGCGGUAUCGCGAACGUGUGCUUUAUCCCUCCCGAUACCCACGGUGGUGUAGACGAAUGCUACGACUUUGACACCGGGCCAGGCAAUGUUUUCAUCGAUGCAGUUGUGCGUCAUUACACAAACGGAGAGCGUGAGUACGACAAGGACGGCGAGAUGGGUGCACGUGGUACAGUCGAUCAAGAGCUCGUCGACGAUUUCCUUCGCCACAAGUACUUCGCCCUUGAUCCACCAAAGACAACUGGCCGCGAGGUUUUCCGUGAUACGCUCGCGCAUGAGCUCAUUGCCAAGGCUGAAGCGAAAGGACUUAGUCCUGACGAUGUCGUCGCCACCAUCACUCGCGUCACCGCACAAGCUAUCGUGGAUCACUACCGUCGCUAUGCCCCCAAAGACCUAGAGAUCGCAGAAAUCUUUAUGUGCGGUGGCGGCGCGUAUAACCCUAAUAUUACCGCAUACAUCCAAAAGCACUAUCCAAACACCCGCAUCAUGAUGCUUGAUGAGGCCGGUAUUCCAGCUGGAGCCAAGGAGGCUAUCACCUUCGCGUGGCAGGGUAUGGAGGCCAUCGUGGGUCGUUCUAUUCCUGUUCCCACGCGCGUCGAGAACCGUCAAGAAUAUGUGCUCGGAAAGGUGUCUCCUGGUAAGAACUACCGCAAGGUCCUCCGCCAAGGUAUGCAGUUUGGUGCUGGCCACGACCAUCUCUCACCGGUGAAAGAGCUGGUCAACUAUGUCGAUGGCAAGGUGUUCGACAACAAGUGGCAAUAA